CAAACCAUCAUCAUCAUUCAUUCAUCACCACCUUCACAUCAUUAAUCACCAACAAAACUUUCAGCGACGAGAAAAUAAACCAGUUGCAGAAGAAGCUUUCUCCAUCCAAAGGAAAGAAUGUCAAUGGCGAGGCGAUCGACAUCGAGUAGCUACAGCCUCUUCUUCAUCGCGGUGAUUCUGCUGGUGACGGCGCUUUCGACACAUCAUGUCAAUGCCGGCAGAGCACUCCGGUCAGAUGCUCUGCCCAUCUCCGGAUGCGACCAAGCGGACGGCGGGCAAGCCGGCGCCGGUAUAGCUUCAUUCGUCGCCUCUUCGAAUAAUUCUAGCGGCAGCGGCGGCAAUGGUGACGACUUUUCAGUUUCUUUGCGGGGGUUGAUGUUUAGGUUGGCUUCUGGGCCUAGCAAAAGAGGCCCCGGCCAUUGAUGCGGCAGAGUUUUUCCGGUGUCUUUCCUAGCAUCCAUAAAUUGUACUGGGAUGC